GGAAAAUGUAAGAAGGCUAAUCUAAGAGCUAAUUAUAUUGUUAUCUGUUGUUUUGAUGAUGUCCGUAUACUAGUAUCCGAUUACAGAAAAUGAGGAUUUGCUUCCCAGUUCAUCAGCUGGGUUGGAGCUUCAGCCUCAACAGGACAUGAAAUCCCUGAGGUUUCCCUGGAUCUGCCUUGUCAUUUUCUCUGUGUGUCUGCUGCUGUGGUACUGUCAUGUGAUGAGGUCUAGAUUUAACAUGAAAACAGGUCUGCGUGGUUAUGUGAGGCUUCAGUUCAACACUCGCUCAGCAUCACAUUUCCUGGACUUCCGCUGUGGCCGCUGUGCUGUAGUGUCCAGCUCCGGGCAGAUGCUGGGCGGUGGACGGGGUCAGGAGAUCGACCGACACGACUGUGUGAUCCGGAUGAACGUGGCACCCACCGUCGGCUUCGAGGCUGAUGUGGGGAACAGGACCAGUCUGCGUGUGGUCUCUCACACCAGCGUCCCACACCUGCUUCGGCAGCAGGGAUAUUUCUUCGGGCCAGAGGCGGGAACUACAUACGUCAUCUGGGGCCCUGAGAAAAACAUGAGGCAGGACGGAAAAGGGAAAAUCUAUAAUGCACUAGUGAAGCUAGCCAAGAAGUAUCCACGUACAAAUAUCUACACCGUCACCACAGAAAAGGUUCAGUACUGUGACCGCAUCUUUCAAAACGAGACGGGCAAAAACAGGAUGAAAUCGGGGGCCUUUCUCAGUACAGGGUUUUUUACCAUGAUUCUGUCUCUGGAGAUGUGUGACAGUAUUCUGGUUUAUGGAAUGAUUGACGGAUCUUACUGCAGUAACGCCAACCACUCGUUUGUGCCGUAUCACUACUACGAGCCGUCGCGUCUGGAUGAGUGCCGCAUGUACCACGCUCACGAACACGCCAAGAGGGGCGGCCAUCGCUUCAUCACAGAGAAGCGGAUCUACAGCCGCUGGGCGUCUCAGGGGAAGCUGCAGCUCGUUUAUCCACCCUGGACACCGCAGGAACACAGUUUCAACCAGGUUUGAAGCAGGUCAGGCUUCAGGAAACCUUUUUCCUCGCAAUGUCAGUUUAUGCUUGUAUCAAAAAAGCAUCGUUGAGUUUGCUGUUUGAAUCAUGCUGCUUUGCCGUUGUUUAUUCAGCACGGUUCAUGAUUCUGUGUAGGGUUCUCUUCAUAACAACCAGCCUUCUGCAUUAUUGUGUCAGUUUGUUUGUUUGUUAGUCUGAUCUCUGGUUUACUAGCACUUUCUAUGGCCAACCACUGAAAUAAUUAAAGCUUCAAUGACAUUACAUUGUAUUAACGUCACACAAUACCUCUUAUGUCAAACAUAAAUAUCUGAAUCCAUGCAUUUCCUACACACCGAUAACCACUGUAGAGUGAGUUUCUAUCCCUCCCUAAAAAUCAUACAAAAUCACUAAUAAUGUAUGUCAAUGAUCUUAUAUAAUCUAUGAUAUCAAUGCAGUAAUCUUAUAUUACUACAUGGGAUCACUGCAUUUUUUUUUUGCAGUGUUAGAUGUGGUAAUAUUUUAUUUGCAUUAGUAUUAUAAUUAUUAAUAAGUAAUACUAAAAUAGCUAUUCAUCAUUUGGAAUGUUUUCUGACACUGAUGUUUUUAUUAUUAACACUGUGAUUUCCUAAUUUUUUAUUUUUUUUAAGCAUGUUUUUAAACAUUUCACAUUCUCGUCAACAAAAUGAUGUCCACAUUGUUUCAAGAAAGCUCAGCUUACUUAUGACCUUUUGCUUUGACCGCACUUUUUAUUGUAUUAUUUUAUGCGUUAUUUUUAAUGAUUUGACAUCUAACCCAAAAGGGUUCAUUUCAAUUUUAAAUGACUGAAAAGGUACUGUGCUUUUAUGAUUAUAUAUGUUUAUUUUUGUAUUUAUUCCAAGGUGCAAAAUGUUACUGCGGAACCAAACCCUAUUAUUUUCGAUAUUUCAAUAUUGCAUGUAUCUGUUGGCUUAAGAUGGCUUUUGGUGCUUGUCUUAGCAGUGUUUAUUUCAUAUAUUAACCCAAGAGAAACUAACUGUAUUUGAAAAUGAAUAUAUAAUGAGGUCAUAUUAUGAAUUAAUAUCACUAGAUGAUAUUCAAUUUAAUGUGAAUUUUGUUUGACAUUACAUUGUGUCUUAUUUUCAACUACAUACUGACUGAUUUUUUUUAAACUUUAGAUUCACAUGUAAGAGAUCCUUACACACAUAAUUUGGUGAAGAUUACUGUGUAUUCCUGUGGUGAUGGUUUGACCUGUGGUGACUCAAGUUUAGGCCUUUUUUGCUCUGUAUUUGAAAUUUACAUGGCCAGUUAAUAAACUAAGCAUUACUGUAA